AUGUAUAAAAUGGAAUAUUCUUACCUCAAUUCCUCUGCCUACGAGUCCUGUAUGGCUGGGAUGGACACCUCGAGCCUGGCUUCAGCCUAUGCGGACUUCAGUUCCUGCAGUCAGGCCAGUGGCUUCCAGUAUAACCCGAUCAGGACCACUUUUGGGGCCACGUCCGGCUGCCCGUCCCUCACGCCGGGAUCCUGCAGCCUCGGCACCCUGAGGGACCACCAGAGCAGUCCCUACGCCGCAGUUCCUUACAAACUCUUCACCGACCACGGCGGCCUCAACGAGAAGCGCAAGCAGCGGCGCAUCCGCACCACUUUCACGAGCGCGCAGCUCAAAGAGCUGGAGAGGGUCUUCGCCGAGACGCACUACCCCGACAUCUACACCCGGGAGGAGCUGGCCCUGAAGAUCGACCUCACCGAGGCGCGAGUCCAGGUGUGGUUCCAGAACCGCCGCGCCAAGUUUCGCAAGCAGGAGCGCGCGGCGGCGGCGGCUGCGGCAGCGGCCAAGAACGGCUCCUCGGGCAAGAAGUCUGACUCCUCCCGGGACGACGAGAGCAAAGAGGCCAAGAGCACCGACCCGGACAGCACUGGGGGCCCGGGCCCCAACCCCAACCCCGCCCCCAGCUGCGGGGCGAGCGGCGGCGGCGGCGGCGGGCCCAGCCCUGCGGGCGCUCCGGGGGCGGCGGGGCCCGGGGGCCCGGGAGGCGAACCCGGCAAGGGCGGCGCGGCGGCGGCGGCGGCUGCGGCGGCGGCUGCGGCAGCGGCUGCUGCGGCGGCGGCGGCCGGAGGCCUGGCUGCGGCCGGGGGCCCUGGACAAGGCUGGGCUCCCGGGCCCGGCCCCAUCACCUCUAUCCCGGAUUCGCUCGGGGGCCCGUUCGCUAGCGUGCUAUCUUCGCUCCAAAGACCCAACGGUGCCAAAGCCGCCUUAGUGAAGAGCAGUAUGUUCUGA